CUCAAAAAUUAAAAAAAUUGCGACUUGUCGGUUACAUUCACGCUCAUAUAAAAAUGACUCAAUAGGUACAGAAAAUUUGGCGGGAAUCAUCUGUCAAAGCGAAAACUUUUGUUUAUUUGUUAUAAAAUAUAAUUAUAUUAUUUUCUUGUCACUAAACUAUCAGUUAAUUUUUUAAUACUGUAGUAUAAUCAUACAAGUACAAUUGAGUAACUUUUCAAAAUUUAAAAUUCAAAGUAUAAGUAAAUUUUUAUUCAAUUUAAAAUAUUCUGUGUUUGCUAGGUUAUAAAAUUAAUUUAAUAAACAAUGUCUGAUGCUCAAUUAAUUAAAAAUAUACAAAGUACAUUUUCAAUGUACGGUUUUAUUAUCACGAGAGAUGUAAGUACUUAUGUAGCAAGACAAUUAAAAAGUAUAGAUGCUAAUGAACGAGAGGAGUGGCUGAUAAAAAUAACAGAUCAAUUGUCAAAUUUGAAUUUAGAAACUCCACAUAUUACAUUGAAUCAUGUGAAAGAAGCAAUAAAAGAAUGCUUGCGACCUGAAGAUUCUCUUCAAGAGUCUGAAACAAUACUGAAUGUGAUAAAUGCCACGGACAUUCCCAAAGUUGUGUAUGAUAUUGAAAAAAAAAAAUUUGUGAUAGAAAAAGUAACGUCAGAAUUGUUUGCUGAUGCUCUUCAUAAAUCUAGUAUUUUUCGCGAUCGUUUGGAAUUACUGAGACAGGUAACGCUUAAGCAAGAACCAUUUGCUCCACGAAAAUUGGGUGAAGUUAAUGUUGAGAAAUACGAAUUGGUUCCAAUUGAAUUUUUAUUAAGUAAUUGCAGUAAACCUGGAGAAGUUUACGUAAUGGGAAUUUUAUCACAACUUACUGAAGGUCAAUAUUACUUGGAAGAUAGUGAUGGUUCUGUUAAACUUGAUCUUAAAAAAACAAUUUUUGCACCAGGAUUAAUUGCAGAAGGAUGUGUAGUAAUAGCACGAGGAAUAUAUGAGGAUGGUUUCUUACAUGUCCGAGAAAUGGGUUUACCACCAGCAGAAUCAUCAGCCGAAUCACGAGUGUCAUUCGGUGCUGAAAAUACGUUCGGUGGCGGACACAAAACUUUAUUGAAACUAUCUGAAAAAUUAAAAAUUUACGAACAAUCGCACAGCAUGAACAUGAUUGUAUUUUUAUCCGAUGUUUGGCUAGACAAUUCCGACGUGCUUGAUAAACUGCGAGUAAUAAUGGACGGUUACUCAGAAGAUCCACCUGUGGCGUUCGUAUUCUGCGGACACUUUUUGUCAUCGCCACCGAGUUAUUCCAGCUCGCAAAAGUUGAAAGAAGGCUUUAGAAAUUUAUCUGUGAUGAUAAAAGAAUAUCCAGAUAUUCAUAGAUUUUCGAAAUUUGUCUUAGUACCGGGACCACUGGAUUUGGGUGCUCCGAAAAUUUUACCACGUGGUCCGUUACCCAAAACCUUGCUCGCGGAUUUUAUCAAAGCUGUGCCUAAUACUAUUUUAGCCAGUAAUCCAUGCAGAAUACAGUACUGUACUAAAGAAAUAGUUGUACUACGUGAGGAUAUUUUAACUAAAUUUUGUCGGCACACGUUUCGUUAUCCAGAGAAUGGUUACAUAUGGGAUCAUUAUGCGAGAUCAAUUAUUUGUCAAUCACACUUAGCCCCAAUGAGUUUGCCAGUGGUACCAGUUUACUGGAAAUAUGAUCAUGCGUUACAAUUAUAUCCAUCUCCAGAUCUUAUUGUUGCAGCUGAUCAAUUCCAAGCCUAUUCCACCAGCUACACUGACUGUAAAGUUAUUAAUCCUGGUACGUUUUUACGUAACAAUUUUUCAUUCAAAGUUUACAAGCCUGGUACCGACGAAAUUGAAGAGUGUGAAGUACCACCAGACGAUGAUGUAUAAAUUAAUAAUUAUAAAUCUUAAUUAUAAUAAAUUAAUUUUUUACUGUUAAUGAAAACUAAUUUUUUAGUCUCUUUAAAAUUUAUUUACUUUUUUGUGUAAUAAAGUCUAUUUUUUUUUCAAUUUUACAAUACUUUGGGAGACAUUGUUCGUUUUUUUUUUUAUCA